GAGAACUCCUCAAACAAUUUCACCCAUUCAAAAAUGGUGCAAGUACUUAUGCCCCUCCUUCCGAACAAUACCAUGAAGAUGUCAACAAAUUAUACGAGGAUAUACUCAAAGCUUGUAAGGAUUUAAGUAGCAAGAUCGAAUUCAAGCAAUGGCAUGAACUUGUCAAAAGUUAUUGGGAAUCUGUAUCUCAUGAACAGUUUGCAGUCCAAUUUAAAAAUGUAAAGGAAAUGUAUGAGUUUAUUGAACGACGCGAAAAAAUUACAAAAGUUAAGGAGAAGAUCGAUUUGGCAUUUAGAGCUCAUGCAGAAUGGUCUUCAAAAGAUAUCCGACUAAAGAUAGAAAAUUUCAAUGACAACCUACGUAAUGAUUAUGUGAAGAGUAUAUCAGAGAAUUUGGAUAUUCCCAUGCGUUGUUCAAUCCAUGAUUGUCAGGAAUGUGAAAAUGCACGAUCGGAAUGGGAUUCCCUGAAGAACUAUGUUGAAGAUAAAGAUAGCAAAAAUGAUACACUAAGAACAAUCAAUCAUUACAUUAAACAUGCCCGUGAAUACACGAAAACAACACUCGUUCAGAUGCUUGAUGCUCACCAAAUAGGAGAAGACUGUACAACAGAGUUUAUGAAU